GUCAUUCCAUAUAACUCCCAUUUACAUAUCAGAAAUGUAAAGUAACUUAUAUAUUUUAUCCCACACACAGGCAAAAAGUUCAAACGCUACUCGAAUCUAACACAGCACCGAAAGAGGCACACCAAGAUGAUCCUGCGCAAAAAGGAGUAUGUGUGCCAUUGCGGCGAAGUCCUGCCCUCGAAGGCUCGCUUCCUGUGGCACAAGGAAACACACGAUCUGAAGCCAAAGUGCUGUCCAUACUGCUGCGAUCGAUUCGUACAUGCGAAUUCGCUCCGCCGUCACAUUCGUCUGGCGCACUCGGAAAAAUUCGAUUAUUCCGAGCCGAUUGAAUGCCCGAUGUGCAAGCAGACUUUUGCGAAGACCUCGAUUAAGGCCCACAUGGCAACGCAUUCGACGGAUCCACAGUACGACUGCACCAUCUGCAACAAGAGCUUCUCCACCAAGUGGAACCUCAAGAUCCACUCAUGGGUACAUGCCAAUCGAACGGCCAAGCCAUUCAAGUGCGAGUAUUGCCCGAAGGCAUUUGUGCGCGAGCUGGAUUUCAAGAACCACAUCAACGCGCACAAGCAGAUCAAGCCGUAUACGUGCGAGUACUGCGGCUGCAAGGAACCAAGAAUUUUACAUGCGAUCAGUGCGGCAAGUCUUUCCACCGGCAUUACUAUCUUAUUGAGCAUAGGCGCAUGCACACCGGCGAGCGACCCUUCACCUGCACCAUUUGUGGCAAGUGCUCCGCCACCAAGAGCACCCACAACAGGCAUCUGAAGAUCCAUCACUCUCAGAAUCCCUUUACCGUCGAGCUUUAGUCAAAACUAAUGUUUAAUCUAACCACUAACUAGGUACGAUGCACCCUCAAAAGGUCUAUGUAGGUAGCAUAUUCUUUAUUUAAAUUAGUUUCAGCUUCUUUAGGCCAUUUUGAAGGAUUGUUUAUGGGCCUGAGUUUUGGACAAAAAUGAUAAAUCCUCUGAAAAGUUUGAAUCAGGUUGUUUUUAUUGAAAUUUUAAAUAUAUUCUGAACAUUUUUGUAUUCUGAACAUUCAA